GGUGUCUCCAACAAACUCUCCUUUACUAGAGUCUAUAAACAAGGAAGAAAAGUUGGCCAAAACAAAUCCAACAAAAAACUUUCUGAAUAUUUCUCUCUUCAAUUUGAUAUUUUGCAUAUAAAGAAGCUGGUUAAAGUACGGCCAGGGGAGAAUACUUUGAUAGAAUAUUGAACGGGAACUGGAAUAGGAAUUGUUACCGGCGGAUCUUUACCUAGAAUCGAAGCUGACCUUUAACUAGCCCACAACUACGUAAAUAAUAAUGGUAUGUUUUUGCUUUCUAGUAGACCAGAAGAGGAUUAUGAGGCGGAGUAAACCGGUGGCUGGCUCGUGUUCGAGGUGCGGCCAUGGUGCUAAAGUGGCUGAUAUGCGCACUGCCACCAGAUUUUGUUAUAUCCCAUUUUACUUCAAGUCUUGGAAGGCUAUUGUCUGUAGUUUCUGCGGUGCCAUUCUCAAAUCCUACAGAUAAUUAGCUCUUUCUUUUUUGUGCUUCCGAUGCCCAAAGAAUUUCGCGUUCACGCGGGAUCCGGGUGUCACACCCCUUUUCUACCCCCAAAAGAUAUAUAUGUCAUAUAGAUUGGGUUAAAGAGUUUUUCCAAUUA